AUGACAUGGAUCGUGAACAACCUGGAAAGCCUGAGUCUCAUUGGUGUUUUGAAACAUGACAUGGAAGCUUUAUCUCUCUUGCCUCUAGUAACUGUCUCCUCUCCUCUCUGCCAGGCCUAUGGAUCCUCCGGUACAGGAGGCAGCUGGCAAUCCAGCGCCAGUUUGGAAUCCCAUACUGGAGUCAUGGCUAAGCUGCAGGAGCUGGAGAUGCUAAGCGUGGAGGAGAUCCGACGUCUUCAAGAAAACUGACCGCCAUUAAACAAACGGGCUGAAGCUCUGAUGGACACACUCAGGAGGGAAGGGCCGGUUGGUACCCUUCAAGGACUGCAGACCUGCAUAGAAACAGUCCGCUCUUCCAUCUACUGCCGCAUACGUCAUCAUGAUCCAUUGGUGAAGAAACAUUUGGACAGUGUGAAAUAUGACCAGCAACCCACUGCUAGCUCAGUUGGACUCUCUCUGUUGGUCGAAGGCCUUACAGAUGCCCAGCUUCAAGAACAUGACAUUGUGCAGCUGGAAUUAGGCCAGGGUGGAAGAGGUACCCCCCAAAAGAUUGCCCUUGGAAAAAAACUGUUGACGCCACUGUCGAGGGUCAGCCUUCCGCCACGUAUCAUUACUGUAGGAGUUGCAGGAGCUGGUAAAAGUACCCUGGUGAGGCUGUUUGUGGAGAAGUGGGCACGGGGUGAGCUAUGCACUAACAUUCCCUGUUUGUUGACCCUGAACCUCUGGGAGUUGAACGUCUUUGAUCGUCUUUCUGUGGAGAAGUUAAUACGGAUUGCCUGUCCUAGCUGUUCAGUGCCAACUCCCAAUUCCCUUCUGAUUUUGGAUGGCUUGGAUGAGCUUCGAGCCCCACUUGACUUCUCUGAAUCAAUAGCUAGCACUGACCCUCAGAAAGAACUUUCCCCUGAAUGUCUCAUUACCAACAUCCUACGGGGGAACCUUACUGCCCGAUGUUUUGUGUGGGUAACAUCGAGACCAGGAGCUGCUGCUAUGAUUCCUGGAGGACUUGUGGAUCGAAUGACGGAGAUAUCUGGACUUGAAUCAAGUGAAAUUAAGCAGUACAUGGAUCAGCUUUUGCAUGAUACCAAUGGCUUAGCGGACAGGAUCUGUGGGCACCUAGAAGGCCAUCGUUCCUUAAAUGCUUUAUGUUCUGUUCCCACCUUGUGCCAUAUCAUAGGAGUAUCUUUAGGAUUUGCAGCUCAUGCCUAUGAUUCUACAUGUUCUUCUCUACCUAUGACACUCUCCACCAUCUUCUCCUGGUAUCUGAAAGCUCAGUUUACCUACUUAGAGGGAAUAGAGCAACCAAGCAGUGCCCGACGAACUGUUGGCAACUUAGGAAAGUUGGCAUUUCAGGGAUUGCUUAGAAGACGGACUGUAUUUUACGAAUCAGAUUUGAAAUCUUGCGGGAUUGAGACUCCAAUAUUACCAGGAAGCCUUUGUAGUCGGCUGCUGCUGCCCCAGAAUUCACCCUCCUGUCCCGCUUUCGGCUUCUCCCACCUCCUUGUACAGGAGUUCCUGGCAGCUGUCCACUACUAUUCUGCGGCCAAACGUGCCAUAUUUGACCUCUUUGCUGAGGGAGGAGUUUCUUGGCCCAAGUUGGGCUUUCUAAACCAUUACAAAGGUGCAACACAGCUUUUACAAACGGAGGGAGCUCAGCUGUCCAUCUUCCUUCGCUUCCUCUCUGGCUUCCUGUCUUUGCAGGUUGUUAGGGUUUUAGCUGGGUGCCUGCCAAACAAGGAAGAGCCCAGCAGCCACCGUGGGCAAGUAAUGGACUACCUUCAGAGCUUGAUGAGUGCCAGCAAGGCAAUCUCCUGUGGAAUGGUGAACUUAAUGUGCUGCUUGCAUGAGAUGGGCCACACCGAUGUGAUCUGUAUGGUGGAGGAGGCUCUGAAGACCGGAACACUCAGCAGAAAAUUGAGCCCUUUGACUUGCUGUGCUCUUGCAUUCUUACUUAGAACAUCUCGCAGCUGUGCCGAAGAAACAAACCUUUCCCAGUGUCUAAAUUACAAUCUGGUACAAAACUUCCUGCCACAGCUACAGUACUGCACUAACCUCAGAAUGGAGAACAACAACUAAGAUGAUGUGAUGGAGCUUCUGGCUACCAUCCUGCGAGCCAAGGACUGCGCCAUCCAGAAGAUCAGUCUGUCGGAGAACCAGCUGAGUAACAGAGGUGUGAAGGUGCUGGGAAAAGCCCUCAUGGUGAACCGUACGCUCUGCUCCAUUGACCUGCAUGGAAAUGGCAUUGGACCCAGCGGUGCCAAGGCGUUGGCGGAGGCUCUAAAGAACAAUCAAGUACUGCGGAGCUUGAAUCUUCAGAACAACCAGCUCAAGUCUGAAGGAGCGACAUACUUGGCCCAGUCUCUGCUGCUGAACCGUAAGCUGAUGGCCCUGAACAUUCAGAAGAACGGCAUUGCCUGGGAGGGGGCAGAGAGCCUGGCAGCCAGGCCUCAAAGACAAACCAAGUGCCUCCAGGAGCUAUGGUGAGUCCAUGAUUAUAGUUAUCCAAGCAACACGUUGGGAGACCAAGGAGCAACAGCCCUGGCGGCAGCUCUCACCAAGAACUCAGGUUAUAAUUACCUUAGAAGUAAAGUAAUUCCAUCAUGCAACCAAGGCCUUAAAUCUCUGACCAUUGGCCUCAGCAAGAAUCAGAGCCUGAAACACCUAAACUUGCGUGAGAAUUCCAUCAGCAUCGAGGGAGCCCGAGCUCUGGCCCAGGCCCUCCACACCAACACCACACUGACACACUUAGAUCUGACGGCCAACCUUCUGCAUGACGAGGGAGUGGAGGCCUUGUCUGGAGCCCUGAGGGAGAACCACAGUCUGGACACUCUACAUCUCCAGUGGAAUUUCCUACGAGUGGGAUCAGCGAGGUCCCUUGCCGAUGCGCUUCGAGUGAACACGUGUUUACGCUGUUUAGAUCUGCAGGAAAAUGCCAUCGGAGAUGAGGGGGUGUCUGCGCUCUGCAAGGCUCUGCAGGAGAACUCUACUCUUUCAGCUCUCUAUUUACAGGGAACCGCCAUUGGACCAUCCGGGGCACAGGCUCUGGCAGAGACGUUGCUGGUCAAUGAGAGUCUUACCACUCUUGAUCUGCGAGGGAACCACAUCGGCCUUGUAGGAGCCAAAGCCUUGGCAGGAGCUCUCAAAGUUAACUGCACAUUGAAGAUCCUCAACCUGCAGGAAAACUCUAUUGGUCUGGAUGGCGCUAUCUGUUUGGCAAACGCCAUUUCGGGAAACUCUUCUCUCCUGUCUCUCAGUUUACAGGGGAAUAACAUUGGGCCUUCUGGUGCCAAGGUGAUAGUGGAAACCCUGAAGAGCGAUGCUCCGAACUGCACAGUGACCAUAUGAAGAACCGGAGGACAGCGCAGUGCUUGUACAGGACAAGGUUAGGCACUGCAGGAAAAAGAGAACAAUUCAAAGACAAGAGGAUAUGAUGAAAACCCAGCCUGUGGUAUUAUAGAGUUUGCUUCUCAAUCUAUUAAGUGCAAUACUCAGCAAAUCCAUAUUUUAUCCACAUUAAGGCAGAUCUAUCUGAAAGCACAAGUGGGGAGCUCAGAAAAGUGGCACUGCGCUGCUGGCUGUUUGAUGAUUGAAGCUAACCUGGGCCGCCAUCAGGGGGGUACAGGCAUUACACCUGUAAGGGGCCCAGCUGGCACCCUUCACAUUUUUUU